AAAAUAUUAUUUAAAACAACUUUUUCCUUUCUAGAAACUCAAUUUUUGUGACACAACAGUCCUCGCUGUGCUUCCUUCCGCCGCCGAUGCCGACCGCGGCGGUGCUCUUUUCUCGCCUCCGCCAAACGCGGCCGUCCUCCUCCCUCUCCCUCCUAUAUGUUCCUCGCGUCCUAUCCUCUCGGCGACCGUCUCCUCUCCCCGCUUCCGCCUUACCUUCCUCUCCAACCCUGGCAUUUUUCGACGCGUUCCACUCACGCGCUUUCUCCACUCGCUCUUCCGAUGAGCGCGAAUUGGGGCUGAACUCAUUCGGUGUCGACUCGCAGGUUAACUCUGAGCUUCUGAAAGCGAUCGCCGACACCAGUGGUAGCGGCGAAGAAGACGCCGUUUUCCCCGUUCGCGUGCUGAUUUCGAUGUUUGACUCGUUCCACGAGCUUUCUGGAUUUCCGUGGUGGUUAACUAUAGUUUCUUCUACUCUAGCUCUCAGAAUUGCUAUUCUUUUUCCUCUGGUUUUAACACUUCACAAGCUGAAAAGGAUUGGAGAGUUUUUCCCUAAAUUGCCUCCUCCAUUCCCACCACCUUUCUCAGGAAAGAGUUAUAUUCGUCAGUUUCUAUUGUUCCAGAAGAAGAGAAAAGCGAGUGGAUGCCCCUCUUAUGUCUGGCCACUGGUACCAUUUAUUGUACAGGUUCCGUGCUUUUUCCUGUGGAUGAUUAGCAUAAGGAAGAUGUCACUGAAUGGUCACCCUGGUUUUGAUUGCGGUGGUGCUUUAUGGUUCCGGAAUUUAACUGAACUCUCUCACGGUUAUUCGGGGUUCAUCUUUCCUUUCCUGAUUGCCGGUUUGCACUACAUCAAUGUCCAGAUAUCCUUUGGGAAACCUGUGGUUGCAGAGGCAAGGAAUAUUUUUGAGUUAUUAGCCAAAUAUUACAAGCGGUACUUGGAUUUUCUAACAUUGCCUUUAGCUUUUGUGGGCUUUUGCAUUCCUCAGGGGAGCCAGCUCUAUUGGGUUACCAAUAGUUCAUUUACCCUCAUUCAGCAAAUAACCCUGAGACAUCCUGCUGUCGUUGCAAUGUUAGGGUUGCAAGACAAGAAUAGUCAAAAGGUAGCUAUUGAGAAAAUUGGUGCUUCUAAAACGGCUCCUUCACCAGGGAUACAAGAUAAUAUUCCUAUAGAAGCUUUUUCUGCAGAAAAAAGUUCUCUGAAUUCACCUGAAAAGUGGCAUAGAAUACCUAUUGAGGAGAUGUCCCCUAAAGAACUGACUGCUCUUGCAGUCCCAUUUCUAUCCAGUAAUGAUAAAGAAAGUGCAAUUCCCUUACUAAAAUUAGCCCUUGAUAAGGAUCCUGAAUAUGUUCGAGCUUUAGUUUUGAUGGGACGGAUUCUAUUACUGAAGCAUGCAAAUGAGGAGGCUAUUGAGUACUUUGAAUGUGCAAUUUCAAAACUUUCUUUUGCUGGAUAUCCAACUGAUGCGGAAGAACUGGACCUUUUGAUUCUUUCAUCCCAGUGGGCUGGAGUUGCUUGUGAACGACAGGGUAAGAGGAACGAAGGACGGACACACUUCGAAAGAAUAGCAAAUAUGGAGGAGCCAGAAGAUCCUACAAGCAAAGGCUAUUAUUUUGAUGGGUUACUGUUGCUUGCCAGCACUCUAUUUGAUGCGGGCCAGAAGGCCGAAGCUGCGAAGUACCUACGUCUUGUUGUUGUUCAUAAACCUGCUUAUAAAAAAUUCUUGGACCAGUGUGAACAAGAUGAUGAUAUUGCCAGCGAUCUUGCCAGUAGAAGAGAUUACUAAUUUCAAAAUUUUAUUCUGACGUCAGUAUUUAUUAAAUGUCAGAACAAUAAAGAUUUUUACCUGUCAUUUGCCUUGUUGGUUUACAAUUUUGAGUUGACUUUUUUUAUUACAUAAUUAUUUAUAGAAAAAUUGUUUCAUCAUUUAAAAAGCAACGAAUCAUAUUAGUCCUAUCCUUCCUAGUCCUUGUAAUUUUUAAAAAUACAAAUUUAGUCCUUGAAAAUAUGAACAGCAGCUAUUUAAUUCUUGAUGUUACUAAGUGGUGGUAAUCAUAAAAAAGAAGGAUAUGAAAAUGUCCAAUGGAGAUGUAAUACUGUUACAGCAUAAUGUCAACCAUCAUACAAGUUCUGAUAAUGGGAACUUAGCCGGCAUAUAGGGCCAAUCACAGGUAAGUCCAGCUGUUCAAGAACCAAACAUUUAUAGCGUAAACACGCUCUUUGGUGUUGUGGUCUUUCAUGCUACAUAUAGAGCAAAUCUUUGGUGUUGUUCAUCUUUGAUAUUUGUUUUCAAAUUCUUCAUUUAUAAUGUUGGGUGGUUUAUAUUUUGUUAUUUCUUCGCCCUCGGUUUCUCCACCAUUACUAUUAUACUUCUUUCUCUCUUCUAGACCUGUAUAUAUAGCUAUUUUAUUUGAAUUUUAGAAAGUAGUAAAAUAAUUAUAUUUUCUAGUUUUCUUAGAUUGUAAAAGAAUAAAAUACCCCUAAUUGAAAAAAGCACUAGGGCAUAAAAUAUUUGGUCAAAGAGAAGAAAAAAGGUUUUACAGAAACAAAAUUUGGAUCUUAACUAAUAAUUAUGAGUGAAAAACUUGUGUGGUUUUAAAAGUAGAGUUGUUUGGAAAUUGUGUGGCUAAAUUAUGUUUGAGAAAGUUGUUUGUUGGCUUUGUUCUCUCUUCC